GUAUCGGUGCGCCUGCGUGGAGAGCGCGGAAAUGGCGGUACCCCCGCGGAAAGUGUUCGUGUGGGAGGAUGGCACCCCCAUGCGCUUCUACAUACGGCCCGGGAUGGCCAAACUGCGCCUGGCGCCGCUGCUGCUGGCGGGGGGCGCGGGGCUGUGCCGCGUACAGGAGCCGGGCGCCGUGCACCUGGUGCAGCCUGGGGAGCCAGCGCCUGAUGGGGCUGUCUCCACCGAGUACGUGAUGGCGUGCGUGGAGAGCCAGCGGAGGCUGCCGCUGGACCGCUACUGGCACAGCGGCCCCUCGCCGCCAGCCGCCUCUCCGCGCGGCCGCCUCCCCUUCACCGAGGCGGAGGAUGUAGCGCUGCUGCGGGCCGUGCGCGAGCGGAGCGGGGCGCGGGUGAGCGGCACGGCGCUCUGGAAGGAACUGGAGUGCGCUGGGCUGACGCGGCACAGCUGGCAGGCCAUGCGCGACCGCUACCUGCGGCACCUGCGGCCGCUGCACCGGGAGCCCCGGCAGACGGAGGAGGCCGCGGCACCGAUGGGCAUUUUCGAGGCAGCGAAUCGGGAGUUUGAGAGCUCCGAGUCAGGAAGUGACACCACAGACACUCCAGAUGAACUUCCUAUGCAAAAUGGAGGAGGAAUGUUUCCAGGUGACACAGCGUCUGGCCAGAAAACUGGACUGGGGAACUGUGCUGUCCCUGCUGCUCAAGAAGAAAAUAAACGAACAAACGUUUGUCCUGAUUCCAGCAAGGCUGAAGAAGCAGCACAAAUUAUUCAGCACUUCAUGGAGGAGUUCCACAUGGACCUGCUCUCUGUUACACAGGCCUUUCUGAAAAACAGUGGUGAAGUGGAGGCUACUUCAUACUAUUUGCAUGCAGGGCAGCGCCUGGAUGGAUACCCUGUGUGGAGCAGAGAGGAUGACUUAGAAUUGCAGAAGGAUGAUGAAGAUGUCAGAAGUAAAUUGAUAGCAAAAUUUGGAGCUGAAAAUGUAGCAAGGCGAGUAGCAUUUAGGAAAAGUUAAAAUAACAAAGCGGAGUAAAAUGACUGAUCUAGGAUCUGUGGCAAUAAUUUGCUUGUUUUUUUUUUUUUUUUUUUUUAAGUCACUUCAGAAUAGUACUUUAGAAUUUUCCAUCACGCUUGCAUUUCUAAAAGUUUCAGAAAUGCUUUAAAAUAAAGCUUGUAAAAGGUUGUUGUACUGUGUUCAGAAUAUUCUGAAGUGAAAAUGGUAGAGAGGUCCUAUCCACUAUCAAGUUUUCUCACUGCAAAUUUGAUUUAAAACUGUAUAUCUACUGUAUUUUUUGUGACAGUCUGACCUGUACUUUGCUGUAUGCAAAGGAUUUUGAAUGGGGUUGGCUAAAUGUUAUUCAGUUCUCUAACGAAAGCUUUAUUAGUACGCCGUCUGUUACAUGUGUCAUUUAAGAGUGCUGCAGGCAGCCAUGUAAACCCGCUCUGCUGGCUGUUUUCAUUAUCUUUUUGUUGUUAAUAGACCUUGAUUAGUAGCUGACGUGUGGCAAAGAUAUCACUGAAAGUUUAGCGGUCCAAAACGAGGGUCAAAAGCAUUCAUGCAAGAAGACUUAUUUGAGGCACUUGGUCUAAUGAAUCUAUGCUGAGAUUGGAAAUGGUCAAAAAUGUUCUCUGGGAUGUAGUAAUCAGUAUCAAAUUACAGUGAUUUUUUUUUUUUAAGCCAGCAGGCAAUCACUGGUAUUUUUAUUACCACUUAAUGUGUGUUCUCUAGUGCUAAUACUUCAGGAUUUGCUUAAUAACAUUAAAUGUGUCAUCUGGCAUGUUAUGAUUUCAAAAACAAUGAUUAGCUCUUCCCUGGCUACAGGUUGAAGAGUCCCAGACUCCUCGAUCUAGGUGAAGUAACCUAACAUCCAUCUCAGACUUGAAGUAAAAAAUGUGUUCAAAGUAUCAGCUGUGUUGUGUUGGAAGGAGUGAGAAAAUAAUUUCUAAUAUAUGGUGACAAUCUAAAAAAUUCUGAAAUUGUGCUCUGGACUCUGUUGAAAUGUUAUUUGAACAAUCACUCAAAGCAACAGCUUGUCACUAGUUGUUUAUAACUCCUGUAAGUCUGGAAUUCAGUCAUCCUUUUGGUGAAGUAAAAUAAAAGCAGAGGUUGAUAUUUUUCUACUAUUACUGUUAUAUAUUUGUAGCAGUUAUAUUCACUGUUUGUUCUUAUUGCACUGUAGUACACUUUGUAAGAUUAAGUUGAAUUUGGAAAUUGCCAAGUCUAAGCUGAAUUCCACAUUAUCUUUAAAGUCAGUGGUAACUUGGUGCACUGUGACUUCUGCUUCAGAAAAUGGAUGUCUUGAAACACCAACUGACUGCCUUGUAGGAUUGACAAAUGUUAACAAAAUAAAUGCCAGAACUUUAA